CAGACGAAGUAUCAGGACCAGGCUGCUCCAUCAGAGCUGGGGACGGACGGAUAACCUUCCUUAGCCGCUCGUCACUCUGCUCUCCCUCUCACUCUACCAGGCCACCACCGCCCACAGCGCAAGCCCCGGCGAGGCCUCCAACCUCCAUCACAGCCCCCUCCCUUGUAGACUUGGAAGGCUAUCAUCUGCAGCCGCAAGGCCAUCGGCUUGUUCUAGCCACAGUGCUGGGCAGGAUGCCUCCUAUCGCGGCAGUGUCUGCUCCUAGUUCGCUUCUUCCAAUGUGCAUUUCACGCCAGGGGAUUAGCGGAGGACAAGGCUGGGGAGAGCGAUCUCUCUACGGUUCACAGUCCCGGAGGACUAUACGUGGCGCCACUAUUUCUGCUAGAGCUUCCAUGAACAUAACAUGCUGUGCAAACCAGACCCAAACCGCGCGACGCAAAUCAUUUUCAGGACCUACCUCUCCACCAUCAGGCUCAGUUAAAGAGAAGGUGAAAGGGCCGAGGCUUGAUGAUGGAGGUGUCGGGUUUCCACCGUUUCGGUUCGGUGGAGGAGGAGGCGGUGGCGGCGGCGGUGGCAGCAGCUCCUCCGGUGGGUUCAUCCUCUUUGUGAUCGUUUUGCUACUGGAUUACCUGAGGGAGUUUGAGAGGAACCUGCAGAAUGGGCCACGGAGGGGCAGUGACUACGACAACGGGCUGGCACCACAAUAAUUUAUCUCGGCUCGAUGCUUCCAAAAAUAUAAUAUAUUGAGCAUGUUUUGCAGAGAGGCACUUCAUUGUUGAUUCAUGUAAUCCUUUGCUACGGAAUGUAUCAAAUGAUAAUGAGAAUUGUUCUUGAGAAAUGAUAAUGAGAAGUAGAAAUUUUAGCCGA